CCAAGUUCAAAAUUUUGAAUACUCAAGUUGGCUCUUCUCGCAACUUCACCCAAAGUCUCCAAUCAUUUCUACCUUUUCUCCUCAAAUUAUUCAACAUUUAUCCCUUAAAUCCUUCAACUCAAUUUAAAAUUCCGACAAGGGUCAAGUAAUUUGAUUGAAGAACUUUUACAUAGUAAGAAAACCCACCAAGAAAAGAGGAAACUUCAAUGGAGAUAGUAGCUGGUCCUAUUUCUUCUUGUUCUAAAGAGCAUCAGAAAGUUUAUCAGCAAUGGUUUUCUGUUGCAGAUUCUGAUGGAGAUGCUCGUAUUACUGGAAAUGAUGCUAUAAAGUUCUUUGCCAUGUCUGAAUUGUCCCGAUCUGACCUUAAGCAGGUUUGGGCGCUUGCAGAUACCAAGAGGCAAGGCUACCUAGGUUUCAAAGAGUUUGUUACUGCAAUGCAGCUUAUAUCUUUGGCUCAAGCUGGACAUGAGUUAACGUCUGAUCUCCUUAGUAAUGCAGUUAUAGAAGACAUUCAACUGCCUGUGAUGGUUGGCUUGGAUGUGCUAUUAGCUAAAAAGAAGAUCGUGACGGCAUAUGUUGAACCUGAAUUCAAUGGGUCUUUGUCUCCUCAACGACAAUCACUGCCUACAUCAAAUUGGUUUGGUUCGAAAUCCUCAAAGAAGGUCCCCCUUACUGCAGUAACUUCCAUAAUUGAUGGUUUGAAGAGAUUGUACUUGGAGAAGCUGAAGCCAUUGGAGAAUACCUAUCGCUUUCAUGACUUUGUGUCACCGCCAAUGACUAGCAGUGAUUUUGAUGCUAAACCAAUGGUUAUGCUGUUGGGACAAUAUUCAACGGGAAAAACAACAUUUAUAAAACAUUUGUUGAAAUGUGAUUAUCCAGGAGCUCAUAUCGGACCAGAGCCUACAACAGAUCGCUUUGUUGUUGUUAUGUCUGGACCAGAUGAAAGGAGCAUUCCUGGAAAUACAGUUGCCGUCCAAGCAGACAUGCCAUUUACUGGCCUAACAAACUUUGGAGGAGCAUUCUUAUCAAAGUUCCAGUGUUCGCAAUUGCCACAUCCUUUGCUGGAGCAUAUAACUUUUGUCGACACACCUGGAGUUCUGUCAGGAGAGAAGCAAAGAACUCAAAGAAGCUAUGAUUUUACAGGUGUAAUAUCAUGGUUUGCAGCAAAGUGUGAUAUGAUUCUUCUCUUGUUUGAUCCUCACAAGCUUGACAUAAGUGAUGAAUUUAAGCGUGUAAUUGCGUCUUUGCACGGUCAUGAUGAUAAGAUUCGUGUUGUCUUAAAUAAGGCGAAUCAAGUCGAUACCCAACAGCUAAUGAGAGUUUAUGGUGCACUGAUGUGGUCACUUGGAAAGGUCCUGAAUACCCCCGAGGUAUCUCGUGUUUAUAUUGGUUCAUUCAACGACAAACCUAUAAACGAAGAAGCAGUUGGUCCUGUAGGAAGGGAUCUUUUUGAGAAAGAACAAAAUGAUCUGCUUAAUGAUCUGAAGGAUAUCCCAAAGAAAGCUUGUGAUAGACGGAUUAAUGAAUUUAUAAAGAGGGCAAGAGCAGCUAAGAUUCACGCUUACAUAAUUAGUCAUCUGAAGAAGGAGAUGCCUUCCAUGAUAGGGAAGUCCAAAACUCAACAACGACUCAUUGAUAACCUCGAAGAUGAAUAUGUUAAGGUUCAGAGGGAAUUCCAUUUACCAGCAGGUGACUUUCCUUGUGUGGAGCAAUUCAGGGAAGUUCUAAGUAGCUAUAGUAUUGAAAAAUUUGAAAAGUUGAAGCCGAAGAUGAUUCAAGCCGUUGAUGAUAUGCUUGGCUAUGAUAUUCCAGAGCUAUUAAAGAAUUUUAGGAACCCGUACGAGUGA